CGCGCAUCAAGAGUGGAAUUUUGUUGCUUUGGCUUGCCAUUGAUCAACUUUGGAUCGUAUACAAUAUGUUUACAAUUCAUGUUUGUUGCUCUUUGUAUAAUCAUCUUGGCACUCGCACCACCUCAAAUCGUUGCAACUAUGGGCGCUCUGCCUUCUGGCUUCCCAAAGAUUAUCGUCGCACUCCUUGGAGUGGUUGCCUUUGUUUGGCAGAUAGCAGGAAUUAUUUCUAUCAAACGUGAGCAACCAAGAUUUUAUCGAACUUACAUUCGAAUCAACUUCUUAAUUGUUGUGGUCAUCUUGGUACUCACGCUUGCAUUCUUUGCUGCCUCUGCUGCUCAACAUAGCAAAUCACUCACUGCUUGUACUGCAGCUUAUGGAUCACAGCCGCAAGGCAGUAAUUCUAUGGGCAAUUCAACGCUAGAAACAUUGGGCUCAACGAUUUGCAACAUCUUUAUUUGGGUUCAAGUAGGUGCAAUGGGCUUAUUGCUCGCUUUGAUCGGAUUGACACAGCUAUACAUGUGUGCAAUGCAACGUAUUUACGGCAAAGAAAUGCGUCGUGCCGAUCAAGAUCAAAAGAUGUAUAGCGGUUCAGGUGCAGAUGAAAUUCCAUUGGCAACAAGAGGAUCAGGAAUUUGGGAUGCGCCAAAUGACAGAUAUGCAAACACACAA